GUCGGACGACCCAAUGGCGCGCAGGACCGACGCGACGACGACAUGGGCGACGGACCCGCUCGACGCGCUCCUCCUCGACGAGACGCAUGGGCGCAUGGAAGAGAUCACGCUCUCGAAUGUGUCGGACUUUCUCGCCGAGCUCGGCGACUUUGCGGCGCCGGCCAAGCCAUCCCGACCCGCAAGCGCCGGGACGAGUCCUAGCCCAUCGUCGUCGUCGUCGCCAUCCUCGACGAUGCCGACGGCGCCAGCCAAGCGCAUGCGCACGACGCCGAAAGAAGAACUCGAGUACCUCCACUCCAAGCAGCGCUACCUUCUGACGCAGUUGAAGACACUGCAAGCCGCGGUCGCAGUGCCAGCCAACGACGACCCAUGGCACAAGCGCGCGCAGAACCAGGCACAAGCGGCGCAGCGCGCGCUGCAAGAGAACGUCCGGCUCAAGGCGGCGUACGAGGACCAGCUCAAGAUGAUCCAGGCGCUGGAGCGUGUUUUCCAAAAGAAGCCCAAGCUCCAGGAUGCGACGCCCAAGCACCAAGACUUGCUGCCAUGGCGAAGGUACAUGCUUGGCGUCAACAACCGCGAGCGCGACAUGGAGGCGAUCCUGCGCCAUCAGUACGACAAGCUCGACACCGAGUUCAUCCGGCACAAUGUCUACCAACUGCGGGAUACGCUGGUGUGCGACGGAGCCUUGACGAAGCGGGAGUUUGUCGAAAGCACUGCAGACAAUAUUGUGCUGCACUUUGUGCGGUGCAAGCGCUGGCCUAUCGACUAUCUGUCGUUCAGUCGACUCCUCUGGGACUUUGUCUCGCUCAACGUCAAGGUGCCGGUCAAGACCAAGGUCGACUCGGAGCGGCUCCAGAGCUUUCAGAACGAUAUGCUCGUGUACACGCGCCAUACCGCGCGCCCGUGGAGCGAACACAUGGACAUCCCGCCCGUCGUCGGCCGGACCGCAUCCAUGCGCUUUCUAGAGAAAGACCGCGUCGUGAUCGUAUGGAAGUCGAUUGCCGACGAUGCGCUCGUGCCAUUUCCCGACCACGACCACGUCAAAGACAACAAAGCGGGCUGGGCCGUCAUCACGCCCGACGGACCCGACGGGUGCCGUCUCGCAACCUACUCGCGGCUCACGACGCCCGUGUUCCCGUCCAUGCAGCGCGGCUCCAUGACCGAGACGAUCUUGAGUCUAUACGAGACCAACUCGGGCCGCUUUGAUGCGGCCUUGACCGCCGAAGUCGACGCGCGGCGCAAGGCCAUGCAAUCGUCCUAAGCGUCCUCCAAUAUCGAGCGUCAGCGUGCUAAUAGAAGUAGUUUUCCAUUCCCCGAAUCGUACGUUGGUC